AUGGAAGAACUCCAAGAAAAACCGGUAGGAUUUCGCUUUCACCCAACUGAUGAAGAGCUAGUGUUCUAUUACCUUGAGAGGAGAGUGAAUGGAGAGCCACUGCCUCCCAACGUUGUCACCGACUGUGAAAUGUACGGCGACAAAGAGCCAUGGAAGAUUUUCGACAAAGACUCGAAUGAACGUUUCUAUGUCUUCACCAAGCUGAAAAGGAGGAGCAGGGGAAGGAUUGAAAGGGCUGUUGGGUGCGGUACGUGGAAAGGUCAAAACAAGAAAAAGAUCAUGGAUGGUGACAAACAUGUUGGGUACAAAAAAAUGCUCGUAUUCGAAGCCAAGGAGCAGGAGGGCACCGCUAACGGCCACUGGAUCAUGCACGAAUUUUCUUUGCUGGAGGAAAAAAACAUGAUGAUGGAUGAUGAUGAUGAAUAUAAUUUUAACGUACAAAAUACUAUAAAAGUCAACACUUGCAAUCAGAACCCAAAAAGGAGACGAAUCAUUACCAGCUUAACAGAAGAAGCUCCAAGGGAAAAUUUGGUUUCAAGUACUAUAGAUACAUUUACCCAAGAACUUGAAAAUGAAGAAAACAACAUUCAAGAAAUGAUCAAUGAAUUAUGGGAAGAACAUCCUGCACCUAUCAAUUAUGUUUUGCCCAUGGGAAAUGGGUUGGAUGCCAAUCUACAGGUUAUGCAACCAUAUGAUCAAUACUUUAAUUAA